GGCCUGGACUGGCGGUGUGCAGAUCACAUGACCAAGGCAGGGCUGCUGCUGCUCACACUGGUGUUGUUGAUCUAUCAAAUACAAGCCAAAUCAUUUAUAACCUGCUUACUACUGACACCUCUGUUUACAAUUGGAGGGAUGGAGUUGGUUGUGGGCACAGUGCAGUGACGCUCGGAGGCUGGCCAAGACAGGAUCCUGCUAUCUUCGACUCCUUCAUUCAGAAACUAGGCAGCAAUGGCUUCAGGUUAUCCCCCACCCUUUGAAGGCACAGGAGAAGUUAAAGAGGGGUUCCUUUGUCCACUGUGUCUGAAGGAUUUACAGUCAUUCUAUCAGCUUCAAGACCACUAUGAAGAAGAGCACUCUGGAGAUGAUCGGCAUGUUAGAGGACAACUUAAAAGUUUGGUUCAGAAAGCCAAAAAAGCCAAAGACAAGCUGUUGAAGAGAGAUGGAGAGGACAGGCCUGACAGCGGCAGUUAUGAAUCCUUCUAUUAUGGAGGAGUGGAUCCGUACAUGUGGGAACCUCAGGAGCUUGGAGCAACCAGAAGUCAUCUUGACCUUUUUAAGAAACACCGAGCCGACAGGAUAGACCACUAUGUGAUUGAAGUCAAUAAGCUUAUAAUUAGACUGGAAAAGUUGACGUCAUUUGACAGGACCAACUCAGAUACUGCCAAAAUAAGAGCCAUUGAGCGUUCAGUGGUGUCUUGGGUGAAUGAUGCUGAUGUUCCUUUCUGUCCGGACUGUGGAAACAAGUUUAACAUAAGAAAUCGCCGCCAUCAUUGUCGCCUAUGUGGAUCUAUUAUGUGUCGAAAAUGCAUGGACUUCAUCCCUAUACCCUUGGCUCAAAAAUUAAUUAAUUCAACUCGGGAAGCUCUCUGCAUCCAAGGAAUGCUCAGUCAAUGCCAGUCCCCCCCAGCAGAGGGCAGUGGCGGUGGGAUGGGCUCUCGAAGGGGCAGCCUCACAAGCCUGAGCAGCGUGACAUCCAUGUUGGAAGAAAAGGAUGAUGAGAAGAUCCGCUGCUGCCACCACUGUAUGGACACACUGUUGAAACGGCAGCAGAAGCUUGAUGAAAAAGACUUUGUACCUGACAUUGUAAAACUAUAUGAGAGGCUAAGGAUGUGCAUGGACAAGGUGGAUGAAAAGGCUCCAGAAUAUAUUCGAAUGGCAGAAUCUCUCAAUGCUGGAGAAACUGCAUAUAAUCUCGACACUGCUGGUGGUUUGAGGCUAGAAGUUCAGAAAUACUAUGAACUUAUUGAUGCGCUUAGUAAAAAGAUUUUAACACUGGGAUUAAAAAGUGAACCACCACCACAUCCAAAAAACCUGCAGCUCCAGAGAAUGAUCCGAUAUUCAGCCACACUAUUUGUACAGGAGAAACUAUUGGGUCUUAUGUCUUUACCCACCAAAGAAAAAUAUGAAGAGUUAAAAGAAAAGAGAGCACAAGAACAAGAAAAGAGACUCCAACAGGAAAGAAUGGCUGCACAAGAGGCACUGAAGCGAAGACAAGAGCGAGAAAAAGAAGACAGAAGUCGGACUAAUGGAGAGUUACCACAAAUGUCGAGAGGUCCGCGCAUGACCAAGGCCGGUGGUUGGUUACCCUCCUCUGGCACACGCAGUGAACUCGAAGACCCUCUGCUUCAACAGAUUGAGAACAUCCAGUCCUUUUUACACCAGGCCAAAGAGGCAAAUAGAGCAGACGAGGUUGCCAUGUUGGAGGAAAACCUACGACAACUUCAGGAUGAAUAUGACCAACAGCAAACAAGUCUGGCUAUUGCACUCUCUCAGAAGUUGGCAGAAGAGGAAACUUUGCAACAAGGUGAACUGCAACGAUUGGAGGAGAGGGAAAAAGAGGAGAGAGAAAGCUGGGGAGCUAAUAUUGGCUUUCUUCAGACACCUAAUACUUGGGAAAAAUCUUUAGAUAUUACCCCGCAAACUGGAUUGAGAAGAGACGAAGAUACAGCAUUAGUGGAGGAUCAAGGCCCUAAAGCUGACAGGAGUCCUAACUCACUCCAGGUUUUGCCGUCUAACCCAGAAGAGUCUCCCCCCAGGUUGAGAAGUUUGGGUGGACAUGUGACUCCCCCUAGUGGCGAAGGACAGAGUAGCAUCUCACUUAACCCUUUUGAUGAUGAGGACUCCACUCCCAUUGAGGAAGACAACCCAUUUUUUGAGGACAUUCAGAAGGAGCACAAAGAGGUUGCUAAUGUGGCUAGCGCUAAUGGUAAGAAAGAGUACAAUCCAUUUGAUGAAGAUGAAGAGGAAAAUGAGGGUGAGGCAUUGUAUAGUAAUAACCCAUUUGAGGAGACUGACACCGGUAAUCCAUUUUUGGAGGCCACCGGGACUGAAGUCUCAACUAAUCCAUUUGAGGAAGAUGAUGAAGAUGUUUUGCCAGAUGUGGAUAUGAUCGAGGAGGAACUUCUACUGCAGCAAAUUGAUAACAUCAGAGCCUAUAUUUUUGAUGCAAAACUCAGCAGACGCCUGGAUGAAGUUGAGCUUUUGUCCCAGAACUUACGAGAGCUACAGCAAACGCUACAGGAGCAGAAGAAAAAGAAGCACUGAUAAAAGGCCACAAACUGUAUUUUGAAACCAACGUGCUGAGACUAAUGAGCCCAAUGCUAACUGUUUGACUGACACAGAAACACAAAAGGAGCACCCGAAAAUAUAAAUCUACUUUGACUUUUAAUCGCCUGAAGAUUGAUAUUUCUAUAAACCAGUGUAUAAAAUAAAAACUAUAGAAAAGAUGACAGUUAUAAACUAUGUGAUAGGUGCAUGUCACUAAUGGGAAAGAUGCACAAUGACCGAACAUCUUGGCAAACUGGUGAAUAUCACUGCAUUUUUUGCACAUUAUACAUUAUGUUAGAAUUGUA